AUGUUUAACCUCAUUCUCGCUGCAAUUUCUGCCUUUUUUAUGAUGUCCAUAAUUUCUGCGGAAAGCAUGUCUAGAGAACAUUUGGAAUUAAUUAAUACAGAAAGUAAAAUUAAUUUUGAUCAAUUUGUGAGGGAUUAUUUGAAUGUUGGAGAGGUUCAAACAAUUUAUUUUUACCCAAACAAGGAAUUGGCUAUUGCCACAUUACACCCAAACGCUGUAAUUAAUGGAAAAACGGUUUGUUUAGAUUUUUGA